GUGCUGAAGUAGGCGUUUGAUGACUACUGCCUGGAUGAUUGGGCCUGAAUGGAGUGCGUUAGUUCAGAUGGAGUUUCAACCACAGCGAACAUGUAGGAUUGCGUAACCCCCCAGCAGAAGUAACUAACGUGAUGUAUGUGACCACCUUCCUGCGUUAUAUUAGGCUUGGUGGUAGAUGUGUUUCUGCUCGUGUCCUUCAGAGGAGGAAUCUCUCAGGAGCAGACGCCAUUAAUGCUCUGCGGCCCUUUUACUUUGCAGUGCACCCCGAUUUCUUUGGCCAGCAUCCGAGAGAGAGAGAGGUGAAUGAAAACUCCCUCAAAAGGCUCAAUGGUUAUCUGGAAAAUCUUCAAAAGCCUGGCGAGAGAUUUCCAAAACCUACAAACUUCACUUUUUAUGUCAGGGACACAAAAGAAAAAACAGACCUCAAUGGUAGUUUGAUAGUUUCAGGUUUCCGGUCUGUGAGUUUCACUCUACAGUCUAAGGAUGUUCUAAGCACAGUGCUGGAUGUUCUAAGAUCGUGUAGUCUUUCAGUUGAGCAUAUGCAGGAUGUGCUCAAGCAUGAGACCACGAAGAGCUCAACACAACAGCCUGGAACAGCUUUCUAUCGGCCCAUCAAAUGGGACAAGACGUAUUAUACUUUCACUGGAUUCAGGGACCCAGAACAGGAGCUGGAGCAGGCCAGAAGAGUGGAGCCCACGCUCAGUUUAUGGCUGAGAAAAAAUGAGCCAGAGGCCACAAAGAAACAGAAUGCCAGUCUACCACAUCGUGAGGAGCUGAAAAGACUGAAAAGGGAGCUGAUUCAGAAACUCGGUUUAUUGAAUAUAAGAUGGCAGCGCAAAUGGGGAGUUGCACACAAAUGCAGUCAGCUGCAGAGUCUGAGUCGCCUCUCCACACAAAGCCCCGAGGCUCUGCUCAACCUGAGAGGGCACAUAAUCAUUUUUACUGACCAAUCAGGGAUGAAUGCCUCUGGGCAUGUGAUGUUGGGAACAACAGAUGUCCAUCAUCAAUGGACAAAGCUCUUUGAAAGAUUACCAAGUUACCGAAGCCUGUUUGAGCAGUCGGCCGCACUGAAGGAGCGCAUCAGUCACCUGUUGGGAGGGAUUCAGGUGGUCCACAUGGAGCGGUUGGGUCCAGGUCUGACUCUGGAGGAGCACUACAAUACCCUCAGCAGCUUUCUCAGAAGGGUGUCACCUCAGCGUCUCUCCCUGCACCCCCGCAGCCUGCAGGGCCUCUUGAUGACCUUGGAAAAUGACCGCUCCACCCCCUGCCUGCAUGAGAUGGGCCACUUCAUCAUCCCCACCAUGUGUGACACCCUCCAGCUGCAGAACUUCCUCCAGAGUCAGGCUCAUGAGGCACGCAGACGCAUGCUGAGCAAAGACAAGUUGGAGGCGGAGGAAGAAGACAUCAUUUCCAGCUGUCUGGAGGAUUUGUGUCUGCGCAGCCUGUCGAAAGAGCCCAGCGUGUCCAGCAAUCAGAUGAUCCCCUGCUGCCGGCGUCUGAUGGAGGAACGAUCUCCUCAAAUGCAAGGUCUUCAUCUGUGUGUGUCGCAUUUCUAUUCAGUCAUGCAGGACGGGGAUCUGUGUAUUCCCUGGGACUGGAAAGGCUGAAACAUAUCAAUGAGCUUUAUAUCGGAUUACUUUACCUUCCAGGUUCAUGUAGUCCUAUUAAAAAUAAUAGAUGCUGGCCUAAUGUUUAGGCAUAAUCAUAAAUGCACUUUUGGAUGUAAAGUACUACCAUAAAGUGUUGCGGUUUUCAGGCAGUAGGGCACUGUGAUGUUAUGUAACUUAGCACUGAAUAGGUUUUGAAAAUUUGCAAAAGCUAAUCACACACAUCAAUAUUAACAUAAUCCCUUUUGAGUUUUUUAGUUCACCCCAAAUUAAAAAUUAAGUCACUAUCUACUCACCCUCAAGUGCUUCCAAACCUUUAUGUCUUUUCCAAAGAAUAUAUGUUGAACACAUAUUUAGAAAUAUGUGUUAAAAAUGAAUAACUAUUGACUUUCAUAGCAGGAAGAACAAAUACUAUGAAAGUUGGUGGUUACCGGUUUUCAACAUUUUUCAAAAUAGCUUAUUUUGUGUUCGACAGAAGAAAGGCACUCAAACUGGAUUGGAACAAGUAAAGGAUGAGUAAAUGAUACAGAAAUGUCCGUUUUUUUAGAAAACCUAUCGCUUUAAGUAUUCCAAAAGCAGCUUUUGGAAAUGCUAAUGUUCGUUUUCAAGAUAAAGCAGAAUAACAAUAAAGAAAAUGCGACAGAUCACUCACAAUUCUGACUUUUUACUGUUCUGGCUGAUGUAAAUGAGCAGUUCUGAGAAGACAAAUCUGAAUUGUGAGAAUUAAAAAGUAACAAUUACAUUUGUUUAUGUUUGGCAGAGAAAACCUCUUUUUUUCUAUCAAUCAUCAUUCUGAUUUUUUUUAUCUCGCAAAAAUUAUUUGUCACCAUCUACUCAUCCUCAAGUGCUUUUAAACCUUUGUCUUUUCAAAAGAAAUGUAUUUUGAACACAUAUUCAGAAACGUGUUAAAAUAGUAGGAAGAACAAAUACUAUGAAAGUCAAUGGUUACCGGUUUUCAACAUUUUUCGAAAUAGCUUCUUUCGAGUUCGACAGAAGUAAGAAACUCAAACUGGUUUGGAACAAGGAGGAGUAAAUGAUGACAGAAAGUACCGUUUUUUUUUGUGCAAACUAUCGCUUUAAGUAUUUCAAAAACAGCUUUUGGAAAUGCUGAUAAUUACGGAAGUUCAUUUUCCUGAUAAAGCAGAAAAUGUGACAGGGCUGGUCAACUGAACCACGCCUGGGCCCGAUUCAGAGCACUCACACUUGUCAAACGAACCAGGAAAAGGGGGUCAGCCGUGCCUGAGCACGAUUCGGAUAGCCUAGUCUGAGUACACCCUAACUCUCAAAAGAUAAACGCAUUUCUAACGGAAACACUGCCAAAAUCUAAAAUGCACAGUCAAAAUAAUUUAUUCUGCGCAUCUACAGAAAUAAGUCAAAAACAUUCACUGAAAAUCUGAAGUGUUCUCUUCUGUGUAUUUUCAAUCCUGAAUGCUGUAAUGGUGUCUGUCCUGAGACGUACAGUAUAUCCGUGUUGUUUGCUGCGAUAUUAUUUUAAAAGUUCAUAACGGGACAUCUGUACGGACAAUCAAUAAUGAACUAUGUAAAAACAUGGUUUAAACCAUGGUUCUAGCUUGAAUUAUCACCAUAGUCAUUUUCUACCUGUUUGCUUUAGCAUGUUUAAUGUUGGACAAUUCUGUGAAUUAUCCACUGUAAUUAACAUCAAUAAAUAUUAUAAUUCAGAUGUGUAAUAUACUAAUGUCUGUAGAACAUUUUCUUAUCAUAUUGAUUAGAGCAAGGUUCAUACGGUCAAGGAAAAAUGGAAUGUUGACAUGGCAUUAUUCAGGCCAGGAAAAGUCAUGGAGAACCGAUAUUUGUAUGCCUAAAUAUAGGUAAGUUGUCUUUACUUUCUGUCCUUGGCCAAUCACACACUCUCACAUUAUUAGUGCGGUGUAAGCAUUAUCUAAGUCAGUUUUACAUCUAUAUAAAUUGAAACUAAAUCGAUUGUUGCGUGUUUUACGAUAUGCUGUAAUAAAUUUGAACAUGCAUUGUUUUUAUUUUAUCACGUGUAUGUAGACUUUGAAUGAAACAUUAGGUCAUGAAAAUGGACUUGAAUGUCUUGGAAAAAUCAUGGAAAAGUCAUGGAAUUUUAGUAGUAAGAAUGUAUGAACCCUGUUAGAGUAAAAUUAAGUU